GCAUUUGUUUGACCAUUAGAGGAAAUGGUGAUAAUGGAAUCGCGUUUUGGCAAAUUGUAGAACGUACGUCAACCGAUGAUACGUGGGGUCACAAGCGCUCAUACCUGAUUUACGUAAGCGGUCGGAUUGGUCCGAACAUUUUGAAAAACAAUGAGCAACGUGGUUUUUCAUUAUUGAGUCAAGUUAGCGAGGAUCAAUUGACGUUGUUCAUUUCUUCUGUCACUCUCAAAUUUCAAAUUCUUCUCCGCAAGCUAGUAGCAAAAAGAAAUGCUCCACCAAAAAGACCAUAUCAAGAGGUAGCAUCAAAACUUGCGCUUUCAUUCUACUUUAUUAUAUGCAUAAGCGUCACAUAA